AUGAUCAUCCCGGUGCGCUGCUUCACGUACGACAAGAUCGUCGGCAACAUGUGGGAGGCCUACCUGGGGCUGUUGCAGGCCAAGUACACCGAGGGGGAUGCCCUGGGCGCGCUUGGCCUGAAGUGCUACUGCUGCUGCCGCAUGCUGUUGGCGCACGUGGACCUGAUCGAGAAGCUGCUCAACUACGAGCCUCUGGAGAAGUGAGGGU